AUGUGUGGAAAAUUACAAGGUCAUCCUAGUGUAUGUCGGCUCAAUCCGGAAGAGAAGACAUGUAUUAAUGACAUGUCCUUGAAUCUUGUCCAACCAAAAAAUAUACUUUCCACAUUGAAACGAAAUGAACCCGACAACAUAUCAAAUAUAAGGCAAGUGUAUAACAUCUGGUACCACAAUAAUAAGGCGGUUAGGGGAGAUAGAAGUGAGAUGCAACAACUAUUGAGGAUGUUGGAUGAUAACAAAUACGUCUCGCACUAUAGAGCUUGCGACGAUGGGGUUACGGUUCGAGAUAUUUCUUGGACUCAUCCGGAUUCGAUAAAGUUGUUCAACACUUUUUCGACAGUGCUCCUUCUCGAUUAUACCUACAAGACCAACAAGUAUCGACUUUCAUUAUUUGAGAUGGUCGGUGUUACAUCCACUGAGAAGACAUACGCUGUUGGUUUUGCUUUUUUGGAGUGUUAA